AACCUCAAAACAAUAACAACAAACAGUGUCCAUUAUCAGCACUAUAGUAAUUGGUAAUAAUCAUUUUCGUGAAUAGUGAAUUAAAGUGAUCGUCUAAAUUUUUGAUCAGUUUUUCAAAAUUCCCAGGUUCAAUUUUAAGUAUUUUCCAAUUUGUAUUUUUCCUCAUUGUCUAGUAUUGUGUCGUGUUGAGCCAAUGCUGUUACAUCAUCCUCUGGGGUUUCACCUUGUGGGAUAACAUCGCUUCCAAGUCUCCGAUUUCCUGCUAGAUCCUGUCAACAUCAUCAAAUGUGAUAUUUGAUUUCAAAUUUACCAGGUCACCAUCAAUACAAUUAGUUUCUGUCGCGGUUCUGGAAUCUAAACUUGCGGCAUGGGUAUUGAAAUCGUCAGAAACUUGAGAGCAAUUGGUACGAAAUCUCGCGUUGGCAUAAAGCGCAAUCCUCUCAAUAUUUCCAUCUUGAACCAUAAUGCUGCGUUGACUCGAAGUUUAUGUCAAUCAUGUGCUGGAACCGUCAGCAAUCUCCUUAGGCCUCAUAGUAUAAAUCAGAAGGUAUUACGCCACAUCAACCGAGAGUUUCGAGCUGUCAACCAGUUGAUCAGUCGGUCAUUUCCUCCUCAAAAUGGCAUCAAUAAUCUCCAGGUCCGAUUAUUCCACUCAUCGAAUCACAACUACCAAAAAGCCACAGGCAAUGACGAAGAUAAGAAAAAGAAAGAAGAUGAGCAAAAGGACAUGAUAGCAUAUUUUUCAAAGGCCAUUUUUUUCACGCUGCUCGGCUACUUACUCAUUUCGAUCCUAGCAGGAAACUCACAAAAUCCAGAGAUGUUGAGAUUUGUAUCCUGGAAUGAGUUUGUGCAUCAUAUGUUAGCAAAAGGAGAAGUAGAAGAAGUGAUCGUUCGUCCAGAUUCUGAUAUUGUCACAAUUCAUCUUCAUGAAGGAGCUAUUAUCAAAGGCAAAAGAUUGGAUUACAAGACAUUUUUUAUGAAUGUUAGCGAUGUCAAUAAAUUUGAGGAAAAAUUGCGUAACGUCGAACGAAAACUUGGUAUUCGAAUAGAAUCCGCUGUUCCUAUUGUAUAUGAGAGGAGUGAUGAUUUUCCGCUGGGAAAAAUUCUUGCUAUUCUCAUUGCUGGAGCUAUUGUGCUCGCUGUUUUUCCUCAGCUCAGCUCCUUCGGAUCAAAUAUGAUGAAUAAACCUUUGUCAACCAUACGGCAAGCCAAGUUCACGCUUGUUGACCCUUUAUUAGGAGUCGGUAAAGGUGUCAAAUUCUCAGAUGUAGCUGGCUUAAAGGAAGCUAAAGUUGAAGUAGCUGAAUUUGUUGACUAUUUAAAGAGCCCUGAUCGAUACAAGACACUUGGAGCAAAGGUACCAAAAGGAGCACUACUAUUAGGACCACCUGGUUGUGGAAAAACACUCCUAGCAAAAGCUGUAGCCACCGAAGCUAAUGUUCCUUUUCUGUCGAUGAACGGAUCAGAGUUCAUUGAAAAAAUUGGAGGGCUGGGUGCUGCCAGAGUCAGGGAUCUAUUUAAAGAAGGCAGAAAAAGGUCGCCUUGCAUUCUUUUCAUCGAUGAAAUUGAUGCUAUCGGAAGGAAGCGUGGAGGUAGUGGUCCAUUUGACGGGCACUCUCAAGAGGGGGAGCAAACGCUGAAUCAACUCUUAGUCGAGAUGGACGGAAUGGCCUCAAAAGAGGGUGUUCUAAUGCUAGCCGCUACAAAUCGAGCGGAAGUUUUGGACAGUGCACUCUUGCGCCCUGGACGAUUUGACAGGCAUAUUCUAAUUGAUCUACCAAAUCUCCAGGAAAGAAUCGAGAUUUUUGAAUUACACUUAAAAGGAAUAAAACUAGAGAAACCUCCCAGCGCCUACUCAAAACGUUUAGCCUACUUAAGCCCAGGAUUCAGUGGGGCAGAUAUUGCAAACGUUUGUAAUGAGGCUGCCUUGCAUGCUGCAAGGAGCUUGCAAAAAACAGUUCAAGACAAAGACCUCGAAUAUGCCAUUGAAAGGACUGUUGGUGGGACGGAGAAAAAAAGUCAUGCAAUGUCACCUGUUGAAAAGCGUGUCGUAGCUUAUCACGAAUCAGGCCAUGCGCUUGUUGGCUGGCUUUUACCAUACACUGAUGCCUUACUCAAAGUUACCAUUGUACCUAGAACCACCAUGGCGUUGGGAUUUGCUCAGUAUAUCCCCACAGACCAGAAACUUUACACACGAGAAGAGCUGUUUGAUCGUAUGUGUAUGGCUCUUGGUGGGCGAGUAGCUGAAUCACUCACUUUUGACAGUAUUACGACUGGAGCACAAAAUGAUCUAGAGAAAGUUACUAAAAUGGCUGCUGCUCAGGUAAAACAGUUUGGAAUGAGCGAAAAUGUUGGACUUGUCUCAUUUGAAGAAGAAGACAGACAAAGUCGAAGACCUUACAGCAAAAAACUGGCAGCUCUAAUGGAUGCGGAGAUCCAGAGAUUGGUUGCCAAAGCAUACAGAUCAACCGAAGACUUACUCAGGAAUAACUCAGAUAAAUUAAAAGCUCUUGCUGAAGAACUUUUAAAGAAAGAAACUUUGAAUUAUGAUGAUGUUGUCUCAAUCAUAGGACCACCACCAUUCCCAAACAAGAAAUUCAUCGAGCCUGUGGAAUUUGAGGCUUCCGUUGAGCACUCGGACAAGUCCUCAGAAUCUGAAACCGUAGCCGCCUCUCCAAAAUCAUCAACAUCCAGUAAGGUCCUUUCAUCUAAAAAAUCUAAAGAGUAACUGACUUAAUGACUUUGAAUCCUUCUUUUUCCUCCUUUUUGUUUCCGGUGAUGCUUGAACAAAGAGGACCUAGGCACUGCUGAGAAAAUAAAUUGCAAGAUGGACUGUUCUACGCAGUAAAGAAUUAAUAUUUCUAAACUCAUCCAUAAAAGCACUUAUCUGCUCAGGAAAACUAAUUGCAAUCAUUGUCUUGAAAUAUUGGUUCUUUUUUAUGUGAUGCAGUCCAAGUCUAAGUGAAAAUCGGUCUUUCGGUGACCGUUUGUUACUCUUAACUCUGAAAUCAGCCCUUGAAAAAUGAAUCAGCAAUGAUUUCAGAACGUGCCCCGAUGCUUUCAGCAUUUGAUAAUUUAAAGUCAACUUAUUUUUUGAUUCUUACUGACAGGUAGGUGAAGACUAAAAGAAAAUACAUGUAUAACAUCAGUACAGUUAGGCACUUUGUCUCACGUAUUUAAAAUCACAACAAGGAACAAUUUUAAGGAAUCCUCCUUAACUGUGCCAGUACUGUAAGUAGGCAUAGCUCAACAAUUAAUAAAAGUUGGCUAACAAUAAGACUAAUGUUUUAUAAUGAGCUAACAUCUCAAAGUGUAGUAAAACUUGGAGCUCGGAAGAAUUCUGAUCUCGUGUUAUCUUUGCCCUAAUUUUAGUCCUUUAACUCAGAGGGAAGGAGAUAAGAAGAGAAUAUUUAAUAAUGGUCCUUACUAUUUUGUUCAGAUACUUGUCAAUGCCAUAAUACACGUAUAUCGUCCAAGCAAAGGUAUCAAAGUGAGUUGAAAAAGGCUUCAAGAAGAUGAAUUUCUCUUCUUGUAACACCCAUCUACUUUAUUUCUAGAAAAAAAUACUAAAAGAGAGGAUUGAAUACUGUAAGCAACAGCGGGGUAGAAAAAUGCUGAGUCCAAACUACUCCGAGCGAAAAUCAAAACCGGAAGUACAUACCAAGAGUUAGGAUUUGAGUGACAAAUGAAACUCUAUUGAAUCCAACCGCAAAACUAAAUGCGGAGCAUUUAGCCUAGGCAGAUAUAUUGAAUACGCCUCUCUUUGAAUAUUGCGGACUCAGCACUAUUUUACCAUCCUGUUACUUUUGUUCAUAGUAGAGCUUCAUUUUACCCAGGCGUGUAGCUCUUUUGAAUUUUUUCAUCAAGUCUGCUUUCAUAGAUCUAGUUUUUUAUCUGCCUGUGCGCUUAUCACACAAAGGUGUGCUCUACCAUACUGUUUAAUUCUUCUCAUACCUAAACGCGUCCAGCAACACUUUCAGCAGUCUCAAGUAAUGAGACAAAUGGCACUGCAAUUUUUUUUAUCAUCAGAAGCAGGAAUAGUUUGCAAGGUAUCAUCCAUGAUCAGCCUGUAAAUUAAAGCUCUCAGCUUUAAUGUAAAAAAAGGCUUAUUUAUUAGAAACUAGAUUUUGUAACUUUCUAAUGUUGCAAAUGAUAGAAUACUUAUGAAGUGAUACUUGCUAGAAAAUCCUGUGGUUUUAAUCACUUAUUCAGCUCAUCAUUGUAUACACCAAAUUGAAGUUAUAUUUUACCCUUCAGCAAUUUAUGCUCUGGGUGCAUGACAGUUUUAGGAACCAAAGCAGGCACAAAUCACGCCCAAGAAUUAAUAUUGGUACUUUAGAAUUCGUCUCAUUGUUGUCUAAUGAAUAAUGUAAGUCCGUCAAAACGAAGACCUUGUAUUAUCAAAAACUAGUCUUUUACGUCUUCAUGAUUUUUUAUAGAUUAUUUUGUUUUAUUUUUCAACGAGCUGUCUUAUUUUUUAUUUUCACGAUCGUUGAUCAUCAAAAUAAAAUGGAAAUAUUGUUGAA